GCCCGGUCCGAAGUUAGCAUGUCGCUGCAGAGGAUCGUGCGUGUGUCCCUGGAACACCCCACCUGUGCCGUGUGUGUGGCUGGAGUGGAGACCCUUGUGGACUUUUACGGGUCAGUACCUGAUGGCACAGAGAUGUUUGAGGUCUAUGGGACCCCUGGUGUGGACAUCUACAUCUCUCCUAGCGUGGAGAGGGACCGGGAAUGUGCAGACAACAGGCGGUGGCCCUUUGGCAAGGGGUUGGAGAUCAUCGUGGUCAUGAACUCACCCAGCAACGACCUCAAUGACAGUCAUGUUCAGAUUUCCUACCACUCCAGCCGCGAGCCCCUGCCCCUGGCCUAUGCGAUGCUCUUCCUCACCUGUGUGGACAUCAGUCUGGAUUGUGACCUGAACUGUGAAGGCAGGCAGAACAUGAGCUUUGUGGACAAGCGCCAGUGGGUCUGGGGGCCUGGUGGGUAUGGAGCCAUCCUGCUGGUGAACUGUGAUAGGGACAAUCUGAACUGUGGUCACCAGGACAACUAUGACCAGCAUGUGCACUGUCUGCAAGACCUGGAAGACAUGUCAGUCAUGGUCCUGCGGACCCAAGGCCCUGCCGCCCUCUUUGAUGACCACAGACUUGUCCUCCACACCUCCAGUGACGAUGCCAAGCGGGCACAGGUCUUCCAUGCCUAUGGUCCCAAGGACUCGUGUGAGGCCUACAGGCACGUGCUGGGCCAGGACAAGGUGGCAUACGAGGUGCCCCGCUCCUACAGGGACGAGGAGCGCUUCCUCGUGGAGGGCCUCUCCUUCCCGGAUGCCGGCUUCACGGGGCUCAUCUCCUUCCACGUCACCCUGCUGGAUGACUCCAACAAGGAUUUCUCUGAGGCCCCCAUCUUCACGGACACCGUGGUGUUCCGCGUGGCGCCCUGGGUCAUGACGCCCAGCACCCUGCCACCGCUGGAGGUGUACGUGUGCCGGGUGAGGAACAACACGUGCUUUGUGGACGCAGUGGCGGAGCUGGCCCGGAAAGCUGGCUGUAAGCUGACCGUCUGCCCGCAGACCGAGAACCGCAAUGACCGCUGGAUCCAGGACGAGAUGGAGCUGGGCUAUGUUCAGGCACCACACAAGACCUUCCCAGUGGUCUUCGACUCCCCCAGGAAUGGGGAGCUGCAGGACUUCCCUUACAAAAGAAUACUGGGUCCAGAUUUUGGCUAUGUGACUCGAGAACCACAAGACAGCCCUGUGAGUGGCCUGGACUCCUUUGGGAACCUGGAGGUCAGCCCCCCAGUGGUGGCCAACGGGAAAGAGUACCCCCUGGGGAGGAUCCUCAUUGGGGGCAACCUGCCUGGGUCCAGUGGCCACAGGGUCACCCAGGUGGUGCGGGACUUCCUCAAUGCGCAGAGGGUGCAGCCCCCCGUGGAGCUUUUUGUGGACUGGUUGGCUGUGGGCCACGUGGAUGAAUUUCUGAGCUUCGUCCCUGCUCCCGAUGGGAAGGGCUUCCGGAUGCUCCUGGCCAGCCCCGGCGCCUGCUUCAAGCUCUUCCAGGAAAAGAAGCGGCAGGGCCACGGCGGGGCCCUCCUGUUCAAAGGGGUCAUUAGUAAUGAGCAGGUCAACACCAUCUCCAUCAACCAAGUUCUUUCCAAUGAAAACCUCAUCAGCUACAAUAAGUUUGUGCAGAGCUGCAUCGACUGGAACCGCAAGGUGCUGAAGCGGGAGCUGGGCCUGAUGGAGCAGGACAUCGUGGACAUCCCCCAGCUCUUCAGGAUGGAGAGGAGAAAGGCGGUGGCCUUCUUCCCUGACCUGGUGAACAUGCUGGUGCUGGGCAAGCACCUGGGCAUCCCCAAGCCCUUUGGGCCCGUCAUCAACGGCCGCUGCUGCCUGGAGGAGAAGGUGCGGUCCCUGCUGGAGCCACUGGGCCUCAACUGCACCUUCAUUGACGACUUCACCCCAUACCACAUGCUGCACGGGGAGGUGCACUGCGGCACCAACGUGCGCCGGCAGCCCUUCUCCUUCAAGUGGUGGCACAUGGUGCCCUGAGCCCGAGCCACCCACCACCCUCUCCCCCUGGGGUGGGACAUCGGCCUGUCGGGUGAUGGGGACUGAGACAGGCCCCAAACAAUAAGCAUCAGGAGACCCCAAGAUUCCACAUGGAACACGGAGGGUGACGUCCCUCUCAGAAGCCUUUUCCCCGGAAGUGUGCAUGCCUCCCCUCAGACUUGAUUCCUCCUGGCCUCCCAGGAAGAAAGACCUCAUUUCCUGUGGCCUCUCAUGUGGACCAACGUGACCCAGGGGGGUGCCUCCAAACUUCUCCCUUCAUACCCCCCAAGUCAUCCAUUUGGGGCCUGAUUCAUUUUGGGGUCUAGAAACAUCAUACAUGUCGUCUGCCACCCUGGUCUGUGUGUCCUAGUGGAGGGGAGACCUGCGAUCCUGCUGGGGUCUGAGCGCCUCUCUCUCUGCAGGGGAGCAGCCCGAAAGCCCAAUUCCUCCGCCCAGGAGAGAACCCCCCCCCCAAUAGCCUCACCCUCAGGGAAGGAGCUGGGGGCCCAUUUAGACCAAGGUUGAACAUGAUUUCAACUGCCAAGCUCCCAACCAGAUGUUAAACUCUGUACCCCUCCCAGUACCCAGCAUGAGCUUUCACAUAGUAGGUGCUUCUAGAUGUGUGUUGUAGGAAUGAUAGUUUCCCUUAGCCUUACAAACACCCCCUCAUCUAACAUUCAGGAAGCCUGGAAAAUCAUGGAGAUGACAGUAUCUGGGGGGAAUUCCUGGGAACUAGGAAGCUGUGGGUGCCAGGGUGAAAACAUCCUUCAUAAUGCAUAGGGCGCUUCACUGGCCCUGGGGCCGCUGUCUGCAGGACAGGGGUCCCCUAGCAGAAUUGGUCCUAGGCGUUCUGUUUGCCUCUGGUCAAUGUUUCCCUAUCCUGGAGGGGCCAGAUCCCCUGAGACAGCUCACAACAGGACAGCUCUCAGAAUGAACCACUCUGGUGCAGGAGGAGAGAGAGAGAAGGGGGGUGGUUUUCUCUAGAUGUGUGUCAGUUCACAUGUGUUCUGUUUGGGUCCAGCUAUAUUUCUAUCACUGGCUAA